AUGUCCAUGGCCUACUAUGCAAGUUGGUCCAUAUACAAUGGCCACUAUCCGCAGCAUAUCCCCGUCGACAAACUCACCCACGUCCUCUACGCCUUUGCGAACAUCACCGAAACUGGUGAGGUGAGGCUAUGGGGUCAAUGGUCAGAUUAUGAUAAACACUUCCCCGGAGACCCAACGGAAGCAGAGAAAGACAAUGUCUACGGAUGCGUCAAACAGCUGGGUCUCCUAAAGCGGAAGAACAGACAUCUGAAAGUCCUUCUGUCGAUCGGUGGGUACACAAACUCACAAAGUUGGGCUGGUAUUCUCAAUGUUGAGGCGAAUCGAAAGACCUUCGCCCGGACGGCUGUCGAGUUGAUGCAUGACGUGGGAUUUGAUGGGGUGGAUAUCGAUUGGGAGUAUCCCAAACAAGAGAGUGCAGAAGAUAUGGUAUCUCUCCUGAAGGAAGUAAGAGAAGAGCUGGACAGUUGCAGUAAGGAGCAUACGAAUGGCAAAAGGUUCCUCCUCACCAUCGCCUGCUCAGCUGGGGCGUCAAACUACAAGGUUCUCCGGAUGUCUGGGAUGGAUAAAUAUCUCGAUCUCUGGAACCUGAUGGCAUACGACUACGUCGAUGAUGCUAUAAAGUACUAUACCUCUAAUGGCGUGCCACCCAAAAAGAUUGUUCUCGGAAUACCGCUUUACGGCCGUGCAUUCGUCAACACUACUGGACUAGGCCAACCCUAUGUUGGUGUUGGGACGGGCAUGGCGGAUGCCGGAGUUUGGCAUUACAAGGUACUGCCACUGGCUAACGCAAACGUUGUUGAACUACCAGAUUUAGGGGCCAGUUAUAGUUAUGACGAGAAAAACAAGAUGUAUGUUUCCUACGAUACGGUGAAAACGACCAUAGCCAAGGCGGACUAUAUCAAAAAGCAAGGCCUUGCAGGUGAAAUGUGGUGGGAGACCAGUAUGGAUAGAGUUGGGGAAAACAGCCUUAUUGACACACUGGUUCGAGAACUCGGUGGCACUGACGCUUUGGAAAAAUCCGAAAACUAUAUCGAUUUCUCCUGGUCGAAAUACGCAAAUGUCCGGGAUGGUUUCAAAGCUGAUCAGAAAGCAUGA